GUAUAACUUUAUAUUUAUAUUUGCGAUUAUUAUGUUUAAAGGAAUUAGAUUUACAUAAAACUUAAUUUAGCUAAUAUCUUAUAAGUUGUUUAUGAGUGAUUGGAAAAUGUGCGACAUAAGAAAAAUUAAAAAUUUCGCGUGCGCUACUAAAAAUGAACAAAUAAAUUUUUUUGGAUCAUUUGAUUUUGUUAUACUAGAUUUAGAUGGAGUUGUAUGGAUUGGUUUCCAACCAUUACCAGGAGCAGUGGAUUGUCUUAAUAACUUGAAAAAAUUAGGAAAAUCCGUGAAUUUUGUCAGUAAUAACACUACCGCGUCAUCCGAAAGAAUGGCUGGCAUUUUGAUAAAAAGCAAUGUCUUAAUAAAAGUAGAAAAUAUUUUUACGCCUACGCUCGCAUACAUAACUUUUUUAAAAAACAUAAAAUUCAGUAAAACCCUUUUCGUGAUAGGAUUUAAAACGCUUAAAGAAGAAUUUAAGAAAGCUGGAUUCAAAGUAGCAGAAAAUACACCUUAUCCUAUCGGCGAAGAUGUCGAAAGUAUUGCAAAUAGCGUGGUUGAUGACGAAGAAAUUGGAGCGGUUAUAAUGGAUAUUGAUGUAAAUUUGACUUACAUUCAAUUACAGAAAGCUUCAACAUAUCUUAAAAGGAAAGAUUGUCUGUUCAUAACUGGAGCUGGAGAUAGAACUUUACCUUUCCCUAGGUUUGGACCUCUGAUUGGUAAUUAUGUCUUUAUUGAAACAAUUAAACAAAUAAGUGGAAGGGAACCUCAACAAUUGGCAAAACCUUCAGUAGAAUUUUCGAAUUUUAUCAAAGAAAAAUUGUCCAUUACAGACCCACAGAAAGUUUUGUUCAUAGGAGAUUCGAUAGAUGAUGAUAUGAAGUUUGCAACUAACAGUGGAUACCAGAAAUUAAUCGUCCUUACUGGGGUAACUAAAAAAAAAGAUUUAGAUAAUUGGAAAAAGGACGAGAUCGACAAGCCCCAAUACUAUAUCGAAAGUUUGAAAGCCUUAAAUUUAAUUCUUGAAAUGUUACAGAAUAUUAAAGAUAAUUGAUUACUUGGUAAA